GAAGUAACAAACCGCCUUGCUCCCUGGCAGUCACUUUCCUUGACCUGGGGAUUCUGGGAACAUGCUUGCCCAGAGCCCUAAAGGUGCACCCCCACCAACACCAUACCUUACUAUUCUAAAUACGUAUCUCAAGCCAAAAUUGCUAACGAGGUUGGAGAAACGGGUAAAGAGGAAGACAGUGGUGGAGCUGAAGGAGCUGAGCCAGCAAAUCCAAGAAACUAAAUGCCGGCGGGAAAGGCUGCUGACGGACAGCAGGCAGCUACUAGAAGAAAAAUACCGCGUGCAGGCCGAAAACCAGCUUUUCACGGAAUACUUGCGUAAAAAUAAGGAACAGUGUGAAAAGAAACAGGAGGAGCUGUGGAAGCAGUACAUCCAAGAAUGUGGCGAGAUAGAACGAGAGAGGCAAGAAUUGGCGUCCAGAUACAACCAGAGAAAUGCAGCUCUUCAAGCCCAGCUCCUGCAGGGCAGAAAGACCCAGAAGGAUUUGAAGCAGCAGUUGCAGGCCCUGAAGCCAAUUUACAAAGUAAAGGAGGGCCAGGACAUGAAAAUACAGAGCUUGGAGCAGGAGCAAGAGAAAGUCCGAGGUGAGACUGCGGCCAAGGACCAGAAGGCACACUUCCGGUUCCUGCAGGAAAAGGCAUUGAUGGAGAAGGAGCUGGAAGACCUGCACCUGAUGGAGCUGGGGCAGAUCAACACCACGGGGCUUACGAGGAAGUACAAGGCCUUGGCUCUAGCAGCCAAGCAGGCUCAUUCUGAGUUCUGUGGCAGCCUCCACAGGGAGAACCAGCAGCUACGCAAGGAGCUUCAGCAACUGAGCCAGGAGUACCGCAGGGUGGAAGCUGUGAGGAAUCAGCUGGAAAAGCACCGGAGGCUGAUGAAAGAGCAGCGGUGGUACCUAGAAGCCUUGACCAGAGGGCGGCAGCGGCUGCAGGCAGAACGCGAACGCCAUCACCGUCGUCACAACCCGUGCCUCAAGGAACAGAGAACUUCAAAGACCAUGCUGAGCACCAAAUCAAAAACAAGUUUAAAGUAAGAGCUACUACAACUGAACUGGAGCACAGGGAAUAACUACAAUCCAGAAAGUAUCCUUCGUGGAGACUAGAAACGCUUGCACGAAGGGCGGUUGACGCAGCAUGGGCUGUGCUCCUAGCCUGGGACCCAGGUCGUGGCUGUCCGUGUCCCUGGGGCUGCGUACACUCAGAGAUUUAGAACAGUUGGAAAUUUUGUAAUGGGUUACACCACCCACUUUUAUAGUAGCAUUUGAAAUCCUCAGAUUACCCACUUAGGGCAUAUAUUUUUACCACGCUUAUUUUUUUCUUAGUGUGUACUCUGCAGUCCACAAAGUACGGUGUAUAACCUGUACAUUCUAUGUAUUUUGGGCCAUAUGAAGCAAAUAGGAAUCUUAAAUUGUAGGGUUUUUGUUUGUUUAGAAGGGUCGCACGUUUGCAUUUAUGGUGGACUGUUUUGUUGAACUGUGGGUUCUGGUCUGGAAGAAUGGUCUUGUAUUUGGGUGAUGCCCCUGCAUAGGGAAAAGACAUAGCCAGCUUCACGUUUCUCAGAAAUUAUUGGUAAUGAAAACUUCGAGGGCACUCUUCAGAAUUUUCUGCUUUUUUUAUAUGUAAAAUAGGUUCUUUUUAAAUAGGAUUAAAAGGUGACUUAGCUUUUCAA